AUGCAGAAGCACAUAGCUGUAAUAGGAGCUGGUAUAGGUGGCCUGUCACUGGCCAAGGCACUUGAGCUUCGACAUAUACCUUUCACGGUAUUUGAGAAGGUGCCUGUAUCAAAAGGAUUGGGUAUGGGUAUACAGUUAAGUCCUAAUGUGGUGCGAGUGCUGCACAGUUUGGGGUUAAACAAGGAGAUCGAGAAUAUCUCACACCGAUGUCACGGAGUGGAAGUGCGAUCAUUCAAAGACGACAAGAAACUGGUGGGGUGGCGGAUUGCUUAUGAUACACCCUACUAUCAGUGCAGGUAUGUGAUAUUUUAUAUAUUAUGGUUUAUCUGA